AUGGGGCGUCCGCAGCCUUUCUCGUGGUGCAAGCAGUGCGGCAAUUGGGCGUUCAACUUCCGUAUCAUCGCCAACGGCGGCAAGUGUGCGAAGUGCAACAACGUGGUCGAACUCUUCAAGCGCAGCGGCCCAUCUGUCCCUCCCAAGAAGCCGCCUUGGGCCAAGGACACGCCGCCGCCCGACGAUCCCGCCGUCAUGCUCCAGAAGUUGGCCUCCAUCCCCGCCCUCGCGGGCGCCCACCAGGCGCUCUUGGACCUGGAGACCACGUAUGCUGCGUCCCUGGUCAAGCAGCGGACCCCGCAGCAAGAGGCCAACUUCACAGCGCAGAAUCUUCAGACGAAAGAGGCCGCCCUUCGUCGGGCAGCAGGCGCUCAGGUCGCAGCUGAGGCGGCCCUCGAGAGAGCCAAGGACAACGUGCUGAUGGCCACCGAGGAGGCCAUCGCGGCCGACUCCACCGACAACCUCGAGGAGUUCGGCGAGAGCCAGCAGGAGACCCUCUGCAGCCUCAAGAAUGAGAUGGACGAGCACGUCGCCCAGGUCCAGGCGCUGCAGGAGACCCUGGCCAACACCCUCAAGACGGUCCAGGAGAUCCGCGCUGCCCCAGCCAAGAGGCUGCGCGGCGCCGACGGCGUCGGCCGUCAGGGUCCAGGCGCGGAGCAGGCAGCCCGCGACGCGCCUCCAGCGGCUGGAGGCCCCGCGGCUGCACCUUCGGCUGGCAGCGCUGCAGCCCCCACGGCCGACCCCGCCGAAGCCGCCAGGGCCCGUGAGGCAGCCAAGUCCCAGCUGGUCGAGGCGCUCGCCGCGGCCAAGGAGCGUGCUGAGCAGCGCGCCUCUGCUGCUAUGAUGCGGUGGCUCCUGCUAGCGGUCUUGGGCGCGGCAGCAGUGGCAGGGCCGCCGCAGCAGGCAAGGGCGCUGGCGGCAGAGGCGGACGCGGGGUGGGCUCCUAGCCAGGACGCCCGCUUCUUCUUCGCCAGCAUCUCUGAGUGGGGCCCGCGCUCGGAGAGUUUCAUGAGGGCCCGAGCUGAGCAGUAUGAUAUGAUUGGCUUUGCUGAGACUCAUCUUCGCGGUGAGCGCCUCGAGAGGAUGAUCGUCAACAUGCCCAAGGACGGUGAGAAGACAGCCGCCACACCUUCAGUUCCCACUGGCCGCUCUCAGUCGGGCACCGCUGGAGGCGAGGCGAUGCUGUGCAAGAAGACGCUCGCCACCACGUCGUUCGAGGGCUGGAGGCAGGCGCAGCUGUCCAAGUCGUCCAAGUACCCCUUUCGAGGGGUCGGCAACCUCGUGGUGGUCGCCGCCUACUUGCAGCCCAAGUUCGGUUUCCGUGGCCCGAAUGAACGGAUGCCCAUACGGUUGGCGGCGUUUCUUCGACUCAUUGCUGACCCAUGGAUAGCGCUUGGCGAUUGGAACAACCUGCCCGACGAAUGGAAUAAUAACCAAUGGCUAAAGAAGCUAGGAGGCUCGUUGCUGCUGCCGUCCAACGUCGAGGCGACCUGCUACCUGGGCAGAGGCGCACUCAUCGACUACGGCAACGUGCGGUCCGAUCUGCAUGAUUCCCUCAAGCUCGAGGCCGUCCCCGAGGUGCCGUGGAAGACCCACGUCGGCCUCGCCUUGUCGACUUGCGGCGGCAAGGACAGCUGGUGGAACCGCGUCACCCAGAUACCGCGCGAGCUCCCGACCGCGCCUCGCCCUCGGAAGCUACCCGACCCGAACAGCAAGCGGCAGCGGGCUCUCACCACUCGGUCACAGCGUCGUGCCCAGCUCGAUCACAGACUUCAGGAGGCCUACGACGAGCUCUACAUCAACGACGAUGAUGAGGCAGUCGUCGCUCCCGCGGUCAAUUUCGGUAUUCCACUUGACCUCUGGCAUCGUGCCCGUGGCAGCUGCUGCACCUUCGGCGGCGGCCACUACGGUAACAGCGGGCUCCAGGACGGCACCGGCAUCGGCUACGACACCACAUGGAACGAGAGCUCCCAGCAGCUGAUCGCCAAGGCCUACCAUGAGUGGAUAUCUGCGGUCGGGACAGCCACGGUCGAGCACCGCGGCAUCCCGCAGGACACUCAGGACACCGCUGGAGUAUUCACAUAUUGGACAGCCGCGGUGGCCAAUCUCGACCAGCAGGGAGAACACGAGAUACCCGAGCUUAUCGAGAUAUCAGAACGGUUUCUCAACAGGGCAGUGAGCAAGGCACUGUCAGACGGGCGUCGUGCUUUCGGCAAGUGGGCGCUCAAGAUGUGGCGAGUCGUCAUGUCCCAGGCCAAGCAGGAGGACGUGGGCCCCAUCACGCUCGAGCAGCUCGACACCGUGGUCGGCCGCGUCAACGCCAAGAAGGCCAAGGGCAUCGACGCCAUGGGGCCAAUUGAGGUCCAGCGAUUGCCUGUCCCCGCCAGGCAGGAGUUGGUCCAGCUCUACAACCGCGUCGAGGAUGAAGGCAUGUGGCCGCCCCAGCUUUUCGCAGUGCUAGGCGCGGUCGCGCCGAAGGCCAAGGGGGGCGACCGCAUCCUUGGCCAGCCCCCCUUCUUCUUGAAGUUAUGGUCCAAGAUACGAUGCCCACUAUCGGAGGAGCGGAGUGAAGGAUUAUCGGAGUUUUGGGACACGGCAGUGCGAGGUUCCCCUUCUCUCCAGGCGGCGCUUGUCAGGUGUUGCAUGGACGUGCGUUGUAGCAUCCUGUCGAUUGCCAGCGGGACCAUACUGCUGGAUCUGGAGAAGUUCUACGACAGCAUCUCCAUCCCAUUGCUCUGCAAGGCCGGCAUGCGGCAAGGUUUUCCAGCGAUUAUCUUGGCCCUGGAGCUCCAGAUAUUCUUGGCGCCGAAGUACCUUCGCGAGAGGCAAUGA